GAUCCAAGUCAACGGUCAAACAUACAAACAUGAAAAUCCUCAAACCAUGUCCUCCCCUCUCGACGCAUCGUAGGACAAAGCAAAGCAUUGGAUCUUAUCAAAGGCACCACACAAAAGUCCCCAUCCAAUGAACCCCACCAAUGCCCAUUAACCAACACCUGCGCACACUCUCUUCUCCCCAGAUCAGAUGCCCAAACCCUUUCUUCUUCCCAUCUCCUUUCACUUUUCCCCACCAACAUGGCUCACCGUAUCUCCCAAAGGCGCAACUUAGCAAACCCAGAACCCAAUCCCUCCAUGGAUCCCACUCUCAAAAAACAAUACCCCAAACCGACCACCCCCAACCCAACUUCUCACCCCCAGAUUAGAGCAAACCCGGAUUCCCCCGUACCCUCUAACUCUAAAUCCUCCUCUUUCAUGCCCCACCACUUCUCAAGGUUAAACCCUUAUCACAAAGUCCGGGCAUCCCAAAAGCCCGCUAAUACUCUACCUUCUUCUAGUCUUGUAGACGCCCCUUUGCAAGCGAAAGCCAUGACAACUUCUGGCAUGUGGGAUUCCUCCAAGUUUUUACUUACCAGACCAAACCAUCAGAGCAAAACUAUUGCUCCGAGACUGGCAGUAGAAGGAGAGGGUAAAGCAAAAAAGGAAGUUUCUGAAGAGAAGUCCAAGAAAUCAUCCAAAGAAUUGGAUAAGAAGAAGGUUCACAAGGUGAAAGUGAAUGAGAAAAGUAGAGAACCUCGUGAAGGACCUGAUGUUAAGGGAUUGCCAGAAAAAGUGAAGGAUAUAAAACCGAAAGAUCUUCUAGAUGGGCAUGAUAUUAACAGACUGUCGGUUUCAUUAACUCUCAGAGGCGGCAGAAGAAGGUCUUUCUGUGGCUCGCAGGUUGAAUUAGCAGAUAUCUUUGCAAGCAGUGGCGUGAAAGUGGUUGCAGUUGAUAUGCCCCCGUUUAUGCAGAUCCAUGUUACGGAUUGUGCAAGAAAGGCUUAUGAUAGUAUGGAAAAGUUCACUUCCAAAACCCUUGCCUGCACUAUCAAGAAGGAAUUUGAUGGGGUCUAUGGGCCAGCAUGGCACUGUAUUGUAGGGAAAAGUUUUGGGUCAUUUGUAACGCAUUCAGUCGGUGGGUUUAUGUACUUCUCAAUGGAUCAAAAGUUAUACAUCCUCUUGUUUAAGACCACUGUACAAAGAGCAGAUUGAAGUGGAUGACCAGGAACAGUUUGAAGUUAGACUAUAUUUAGAAUAUGAACUUUUGGUAGGCUAAAAGUAGUAGUUUUCUUAGCUGCUUGUACAUGGCUUUUGCUCUGCAAGUUUGGGACAAAUGGAAGUUUCUGUAUUCUUUUGUUCAGAAGACCGUUUUAAGUGGUCUAAAAGGCAUACUUCCUUGUAAUUGUUAGGGUUUGCAAUAGAGAACUGAGAACCCCUUUUCUUACCGCACAUGCCAUAAUGCCAUUGCGUUCUGCUUCAAA